UACCCAAAGUAAAUACCUAACAUUUCAUCUUUAUAGCUGUGCUACUAUAACACAAAAUUUAUACUCUUCUUCCUACCAAAUACUUGGGUUACUUCUUUCAGUUAUACUUAUUAAAUGUUUACUGUACUUGUUUAAAUAAAUUUCUACGAAAAUGUGUUUGUAAAACAUACUAGUGUCGGAACAAGUGUGUAAACUAGCCAUCUGUACAAUAUUUCUGUUAAAAACAAUUAUUUAAUUGAAGAUGUGAUCGCUGCAACUGUUGUGUUCGAUAAAAAGCCAAAAUAAAGAGAAAUAAAUCUUUUUUAAAGUUUACCAAUUUUUCCAACCACAAACUGGAUGCAAGAAGAAUGGAACUGUUUGGAAUACAAUUUGCCCCGUUUAAUAUCCCAUUCCGUCGACGCCUUCAAACGUUGGCAGCGGCAGCAUGGUUUGUUACCAUGGCAUUUGGAGGUUUCAUAGGGCUAUUUCUGGCGCUCUAUUUGAUCCUGUUCACCCGGUUAUGGUUCCUUACAAUUUUAUAUCUAUUUUGGAUAUAUAUAGAUAAAGACGUUUGCGAGUACGGCGGCAGAAGGAUCCAAUGGGUUAGAGAUUGGGCUUGGUGGCAGUAUUUAAAGGAGUAUUUCCCAUUGACUUUGGAAAGGGUACCGUGGGUUGAAUUGGACCCGAAGCGAAACUACCUUUUCUGCUCGUUUCCCCAUGGUAUGUUAUGUACCGGGGCUUUUUCAGCGUUCUCCACAACGGCUGGAGGGUUUCACGAGAUAUUCCCCCAUCAUACUCCGUACCCGAUAGCCCUGUCGCAACAUUUUUACAUGCCCUUCUUCAGGGAACUCGCCCUGUCUUUGGGGGGUUGUGCCUCAUCAGCGAAAUCGAUAGAAAGUAUCAUAUGCAAGCCUGGCGGUGGAAAUGUCGCAGUUCUUGUUGUUGGAGGGGUUUCCGAAUCGUUUAAUUGCAAACCAGGACAGUACAAAAUAGUGUUAAAGAAUAGAAAGGGGUUUGUGAAACUUGCCCUUAAACAUGGUACCCCUCUUGUUCCCGUCAUGUCUUUUGGCGAGACGGACCUUUUUAGUCAAGUUGACAGUCCCGAAGGUAGUUUUCUCAGGAAGGUACAGGAGGGAUUGAGGAGGCUUAUCGGGAUUGCCCCGAUUAUACCUAUCGGAAGAGGGUUCUUUCAGUACAAUUUUGGACUUGUGCCGAAAAGGAAGCCUGUCCACGUCGUCGUGGGAAGACCGGUCGAUGUUGAACAUAUCAAAAAUCCUACGAGAGAGGAUGUCGAUAGAAAACACGCUGAGUUCAUGAAAGCCCUUAUCGAUUUCUUCGAAGAAGAAAAACACCGUUACAUAAAAAAUGCUGAAGAUGUACAUCUUCACAUAGACUGAUAGAAUUAAGAUGCAUAGAAUAAUUGAUUUAGAUACCUAUGUACUACGUGUAUGUAACUAUUAUAAUUAAAUUUUUUUAAUUAUAGCAAUAAAUUUCUUACCUAAUUAAAAUUUGUAAGUAAAGGUUGUUAUUGGAAGUAUACUUGUUAAUAGUUUUUAUAUUUAUAUAUUUUUUGUACAUAUAUAUAUAUAUAUUUGAAGUAAAAAAGCA